GUAGCUUAGUGGAAGUGGAGUCGGAUUCUCUAAACACCGCGAUUGUCUUCUCCUAGCUCCUCAUGAAUUCUCCUUCCCAUCUUUCCUUGGCCCCGUGACGUUUUCCACAGAGGUCAAGGAAAAGUGGUCAGGAAUAGAAGUUAGGAGGUAAUUAUUUCGAGGGUCGUCACAGUUGUUUUUCGAAGUGGAGACUGUCUUGACCGCAGUAGUAGAAGUGAGCGUAGAAACUACAGCUCAUCUUAAACAAUGCUUCAUCGUCUAUGGUCAGCCGGGUUUUGGUUUGGAUCCGAUCGCCCUGGAGCCUGUCUGGGGACAUCUUUGUUGACAACACUCUCGCUCCUGAUGUAUGCCGGGGGCGUGCAGGCGAGUCUCACCGUCGGUCCAGGUGGAGACUUCCCAAGGCUCAGAGAUGUGCUCCUGUAUGCCUUCAGUCACGAUGACCUGCCCUCUCUGCUGGUCAGCGUGGCCCUCCUGCUGUUGGUUGGACCCUGUCAGGAGCGUCGCUGGGGGACAGUCGCCUUUCUCGCCCUCUCCAUCCUGACGAUGAGCAUAUUACCUGUGCUCUACACCCUGGUGAUCUUUGUCGGUGGGGGUGAGGCGAGUCGCAUCUGUGGUUACUCUGCCAUCCAGCUGGCUCUGUUUGCAGCGCAGUGUCGUCAGGUGGCACAGAGGAGGCUGCUGAGGUGUUUGCCAGUCUGGUUUCUCCCCUGGCUUCUUCUGCUGAUGGGGCUGCUGCUGCUGCCCGGGACACCAGCCCUGCUUCACUUCUGCACGAUAUUUAUCGGACACAACUAUCACCAGUCCUUCAUUGGGAUGUUACAGGAGCUGGAGGAGGCUAGGUUCUUGGACUUCCUUCCUGAUUGGGUGUAUGUUCGCUCUUCCGCCAGGUUGAGAUUACCCAUCUGCAUUACCUCGCAGAGAUCCCUUUCUCAGAUGAUGCCUGCAGAUCAGCCAGCUGCUCCCCCCAUGAGGGAUCAAUCGAACCACCACCCAUGGGUGGAUCCAGUGCCUGCCUGGAUAAUGAAAGAGUCUGCUGCACUGUCUGAGGCCGAGGUACUGGAGGAACAGAUGCUAAAAGCAGGAAUACUGGCCUCAUUACAGGAUGCUCCUGACAACCCUGAUGCAAAAGUGGAGGUGCCCAAAUCAUCAGUUUCCUCUCUGCGACUCCAGCAGCUGGAGAAGAUGGGAUUCCCCACAGAGAAAGCCGUGGUGGCGUUAGCAGCCUCCAAACAGCUAGAUGGCGCUAUUUCUCUGCUCAUCGAUGACAGUGUCGGAGAACAGGCGGUGGUGGUGUCAAAAGGGAAGAAGAGCCCUCUGCAGGGCACUGAGACCAGGCACACUCCUGUGGACUGAAACAGGGUUUGCUCUGGUGCAGUAUACUGGACUCUCAUUAUGCUUGGGUUUUGCUGAGCUUUAUUUUUAAUGUUCCCUGUGGGCUACGUGUAGAGCGAAUUACAUUAUCAGAAUGUAUGGGAGGAAGAAAGAGCGAGUUAUUCUUUCGCCACAACUGUGACUCAAAUCAAGUGCAGGUGCAAAUUCGACUGCUUUGGAGACCCUCUCUGUAUCGGCAUAUCAAAUGGACACUUGAGCAUGAAGGCUGCUGUGUUGUUAUGACAAAUGAAGAGUAACAUGUUAAAAAAAAACAAUGAGCAUUAUUUUAUUAAACCAAUCAUCUAGACAGGAUUAUCUUUACACAAUAACACAUUUGCAAGAAAAAAGAGUUGAAUGAAAUAUAAAAUGGUUACACAACAGCAUACAAAACAAGAUACAAUAAUCAUUUUAAAUAGUUUCACAAUAAGGUUGAUAUAAGAUGAAAACAAACUAUCAAGUCUUUUCAUCAGGAUGGUUUAAGCCAUCAACAGUGGUAAAAAUAUGUUCAAGUUCCAUUAACAGUUUUGUUAUUUAAGAUGGAAAGCUAAUUCCAGAGAUGUUUAAAAUUUGUUUUAUUUUCAGAAUACAACAGAUCAUAUGACUGUUUCUGUUGAUAUGUCACCAAACCCAAAUGUGUGUGCUUUUUGUGCACAGACGAAAUGUAAAUAUACUAUUGUAUAUUAAAUCACUUUAUCAGUGUGUACUUUAAGGGGGGGAGGACAACACACACCAGCAAACUACAAAUCACUGUUAGCAACACAUAUCUUAGCUAGAUGCCUUCAUCUUUUAGUGCACCACAUACAAUUGAGUUAAACAAUAUGAUUAUAACAAAAUGAAUACUAGAAGAGGAGGUUUGAUUGUGUACUUGUGUCCUGCAAACUGUACAUGCUCAAUAUACUUAAAUAGUGGAAUCUCUUCAGAUUGCAGGUACACCGUGAAAGAAAUAAAAACGCAACUCCAGUCUAUUUUUCCUCACA